AUGGAUGGCGCUGGCAAUAUUACAUUGUGGGGUUAUAGUCCUAGUCUUGAUCUAACAAAAUAUAUUGAUAAACAAUCGGAGGAAUUACCUAUUCGUCUCUUAUUAAUUGGCAAUGGUGAUCUACGUCAUAUAUUUCAUACAUUAGCAUCUACAACAUCACCCAUACAUAUCUAUAUACUUGAAUCGCAAUUAGAAAUAUAUGCACGUCAUUUACUUUUUCUUCAAUUACUUUUUACAUCAGUUAAUCAAAUAGGUUUACAAGAAAAAUGUGAACAUUAUCUUGAAUUAUUUGCUAAUUUACAUAUUAAUACACAUACAGAACAAUAUUUAAAAGAAGCAGCUACUCAACUUAUUCAACAUAUAACAACAAUUAGUGGAGAAUUUCAAUUAGCAUCAAAUGUAACUAUUGAUGCAUCAUUAUUAAAAUACAAAGAAAAAGAUUUUCUAGAAGGUAUAUUUCAAUUCUGGCGUGCACCACCUGCUAAACAACCAUUUCCAGCUGAAUUAGCUUGGGAUGGUCGUGUUCGACAAUAUUUAGGAGCUCGUUAUGAUACUCGUCGUAAUGCAUUCGAUUGGGAUUUACAUAUGAAAUUAGCGGAACGAGGUUUUAAACGUUUAAAUGCACAUGAAUAUGGUGAUUGGCGUGAAAGUGGUCUUGCUUUUCAUUUAACACGUCAAGAUUAUACACAACCAAAUCGAACACUUGCUUCUGCUUUUGUUUUUCAAAAUUCAGAUGGUACGAAACAAGCUCGUCGAGGUUAUUGGGGUGAUAUUUUAACUGGACCUUUUCUUGCUCAUGGUCUAAUACCUCUCGAUAAUAACGAUGCACAAAUGCAAGCAAAAGCAAAUGAUAAAUUUAUUAAAACAGCUACGGAUGUAUCUGAAUAUAAUGUUCUUAAAUUAUUAGGUCAACUUCAAGAACAAAAUAAUCAAAUUAAAAUUGUAUUAUUACCAUUAAAUAGUAUAGCUGAUUUAUGUACAGCUAGUAAAGAACGAUAUCGUCAUCUUCAAUUUGAUUUAGUUUAUGUAGGUUGUGGUUUAACACAUUACUUGAAUGAACAAGGAGAAAAAUUUUCUUCAUCAAUUAUGUCUCGAGGAUGUACACUUAUGUUAGAAUUACCAACAUUUCUUCUUGAUCUUAAACGAGAACAACUUGAACAAUUAGAAAAACGUUAUGAUGAACUGGCAAAUAAUAUUGGUUGUGUACUUCAAGAUAAUGAUGAACUUAAAGUCAAUGCUGUUAAACUUUAUAAAUAUAAUCAUGGUGGUCGUCAACCUGGACAUGGAGGACAGCCUGAACCAUUUCGUCCUAUUGUACUAAAUCCUUUUCGUCCAAUAGAUUUUCAACCAUUUCGUCCUGUUGAACCAAAGCCCGAGCACCCACAAAAAGAGCCAAAAUGCGAAGAAUAUAUCAUAGUUCUAGGUCGCCUAGUAAAAGUUCCAUGUAUUCGUGAACCACAUACAACUCAUCCCACUUCUACUACUCGUCCAACUCGUCCAACUCGUCCCACUGCCACUACUGGUCCAACACGUCACUCUUCUACUAAUCCAACACGUCCCACUUCUACUAGUCGUCCUAAUCCAACAAACUGCACAUCAGCAGCAACUCCAGUAACGAACUCAACAGCUCCAGUAACGAACUCAACAGCUCCAGUAACGAACUCAACAGCUCCAGUAACGAACUCAACAGCUCCAGUAACUGAAUCCACAACUUCAGAAGGAGAAACCCAAGAACCAGCAUCAACCCCAGAAGGAGAAACUCAAGAACCCGCAUCAACUCCAGAGGGAGAAACUCAAGAACCAGCAUCAACUCCAGA